AGUUUCUUGCGGCGGUAUCUUCUUGGGGCUGUGGUGUACAUGUGUAGGGUUAGAAGUGUUAGAACGGCAGUAAGUCUAAAUUGAAGAAUAAAGACUUUCUUUAUCAAAUCAGAUAUAUCGAAGCGUCCAAGAUGGUAAAAAGUUCAUGCAUAACUAGCGUCUUGAGGCUUGUUCAUUUAUUUGUUAACUCUUUGGCCAAGUUGAUAGAUCUGAUGGCGACUGUACAACUGUACCUUUUUUAAACCAAUUUGGUGGCAUACAAGUAUACGGCCCGCUUGAAGGAAAGCUGGCACCGUAACCAGUGGUCUACUACAAUCGUAGAGAUGUACAAUUCUUUUUUUAAGAAUUGUAAUCCCUCCAGAAAAUCUCGACAUCAUGUUAUAGUUGGAGCGUUGAAGGAAACUUUAUGAAGACUACUUUAUUCGGCAUUUAUUUAACAUGGCUUGUUAUUGUGUAUAUAUGUGUGUGUGUUAAGCCGAUGGUUUCGGGUUCGAAUCCCGGUAAGGACAUUUAUUUGUGUGAUGAGCAUAGAUAUUUUGUUCCUGAGUCAAGGAUGUUUUCUAUGUAUAUAAGUAUGUAAUUAUCUAUAUCCCUAUGUUCAAGCUACUAUAGUACAAGCUUUACUUAGUUUGCGGCUAGGUCGAUCUGUGUAAGAUUGUCCCCAAAUAUUUAUUCAUUUUAUUUUUAUUCAUUUAAUUAUAUAAAUAAAAUGGGAGGUGAGCAGCUAUUGCUUUUAUUGUUAAAGGAAAACUUUCUUUGUUGCUUAUGGGGUAAAAGUAUUUAAUUAAGAUUUGCAUUCGUUCUCAAAACAGAACAGGGAAGUUGCGUUUAGAUCAAUUUUAACUCCUAUUCCGCUUAGCUAAUUAUGCAAACAAUGCAUGCAAAACGUCAAAGUUUAAAUUGUACCUAAAUAAAGACUAGAGUUUUUUUUUUAAUAUUGAGGUAGGUAUUUAUCAUAUUUACGUGAUUUCAAAUUGUCUAUUUACCUACUUACUUAAUAAAGAUUAGUGUCAGUAAUAGGUAAAGUAUUCACUUGCUGCAACUACAACGAUGGAUUUACGUUUUUUGUCAUAUUUUGAUUACCACAGCAUCGCAUUAGCGUAUGAUGAUAAGUUAUUACAAAGCAUGUUGUAUUUAUGAUGACUUGUGCAAAUAAUGUAUUCGUGACGUCAAUAACGAUUUCACAAAACCAUAGCCAGUUGCUGUGACGUCUCAUUUUCUGAUCAUAAAAUCGAAUACUAUUGGAAAUAUGUACUUUUAUCAAUAUAUAGUAUUAGUAGUAUGUAUAGUAUUUGGGUGGACGAGAUUCGAAAGAUUGCGGCUCACUUCUGGAUGAGAUUAGCUUUGGCGGCCUACCGCGAAAAUCGAAGUUCGUCAAUUGCGGGCAUUUGUCUCUGUCACUCUCAUUACGUCUUAGUGAGAGUAAAAGAAAAAGAUCCCCGCAAUUAGCGAAUUUCGGUUUUCGCGGUAGGUCCCGAACCGGAACAAGUGGCGUUCUCGAUGAGAGGCCUGGGCGGCUACCGGGAAAAUCGAAAUUCGUCAAUUGCGGGCAUUUUUCUCUGUCACUCUAAUUACGUCUUAGUGAGAGUAAAAGAGAAAGAUCCCCGCAAUUUGCGAAUUUCGGUUUUCGCGGUAGGCCCCCUGCUCACCAGUGAGCGAUAAAAGGCUGAUAGGUUGAUGAGUAUUUAUAAUUACAGAUUAGAUUAAGUGAGGACUAAUCGUUGUUGAAUUAAGUAGCUUAUUCUCAUAAAUACCUAAAAAAGGUAACAAUAAUAAAAAUAUUAUUUUUAGAUUUUCGUGUAGGGGAGCUGAAAAUUUUACGCUGGCAACAUUAUUUGCUUUUGUUGUCCCGAAAGAAAAAUGGCUGACUAGCUGAACGUCAAAACUUCGACGAGUAGUGCUUACGAUAAAAACGAACAAAUUUACGAUGAAAUUUACCAAAUAAACGAAAAUUUAGUGAUAGUGAAGUAUUGUGGUGCCAUAAAACAAGUGUUUUGUGCUAACAAAUAGUUGACUAUUGUGUUAAAAAGCGUUCAAAACUGCAAGUAUUGACGACAAUAACGUCAAUGCACCAUGUGAGCGUCGCACGAGUGCGGGCCGCGGCGGCAUGUGGGCUCCCGCCGCGGCCGGCGCGGGCGCCGCGCUCGCCGCGCUGCUGGCGCUGCUGGCUCUACGCGCGUGCCGACACAGCAAGCGGCACAAGCAGGUGCACGUAGUGUGCGGAGCGCCUCGCCCCCCUCGCGCCGCCCCCUCCCACACGCACCCGCACCUGUACCCGGCGCCGCCCCCUCCCGCCGCCCCUCCCCCCUCCUCCCCGCCCCCCGCGCGCCGCACCGAGGCCCGCCUGCUCCACGCGCCGGCCGACGACGACAAAGCUCCCCCUCCACAAAUCAUCAUAGUCCCCAACACUUCCCAGGACCAAACUCCCGGACCUUCCGAGCCCUACAAGGGCCCUAAAAUACCCCUUCCUGAACAGUGGCUCAUAAAGAAACCUUUCGACUACAAAUAUUCGAACAUCCCCAGACCCCUAGUCCAGAUCAAGUCGGAUUUAGGAAGCGAGUUGACGCAAGAAUCUCGAGCGAAAAAAUAUAGCGCGACGCGCUCACCUUCGCUGGAAAAAGACGAGAAAAGUCCGUUUUUUACCAGGGGACCCGAAGAGGUCUUCGGAUUUGACGCGGAAGUCGUUAAAAAAGUUAACGAAACGGAGGUUGACAUAGACGUAGAUAUGGAUAAGCCUGUCACUCCUAAAGAGGAGAGGAGCGAUAUGUCACCGAGUAAUUUACGCCGAUUCAGGUCCGUCAGCACGAGACUGAAUAUAUGCAGUGUCAACGAAAACCCUCAUCUAGAGGGACAGCAGCAGAGACUAGAAAUGCAGAAUUCUCCCAGAGUUCUCGACUGCUCUGUGAAAGAUAAGUCAAAAUUUGACUUCUCUCCCAAACUUUUAACUGACUGCAUGAGCUCUCCUAGAUUCUUCACGCCUCCCGAAGCGGUCACACCUAUGUUCUUCGCCGAACCUUCACCUAAAUCUGUCUAUUACGAUACCGUUAGGUCUCCCAAAUUCUUCCCCGAAACGCCUAAAGAGGCCGAUGUUCCACAGUCACCUAGGACUCUUGGAGAUCAUUUGAAUAGAAACCCUCCGGAGAAACCUAGCUCACCUAGAGUGUUGAGCGCGAGACCUAGCCCUAAAAUCCAUAGCUGCAACAAGGAGAAUUAUUUCACAUUCGACGCAGCUUUGCCUGAAGAGGGCGCUGCUAGAAUGUCUCCAAGACCUAGAAGAUAUGGCGGGAGAAACUCUUUAGAAAAGGAAAGAUACACUCCUCCAGCAGACAAAGAAGCCAAGCGAUAUCGCAGACACAAUAGUUGCGAUACAAACUACAAAAAUAUAGAACUGAAUAUAUCAAAAUGCGAGGAAACUGAAGAGGUUAAUAAAGACGUAGUAGAUUGCUGUGCCAAAAUGGAAACAUUAGAAAUAGAAACGAAAGAAGAGCGAAACGAAUUGACCCCUAAUCCGAACACCGCGCAAGCCAGACGACAGAGACUCAAAUCGAUAUCUCUAGACUCCGACAAUGCUAAAAUUAUUGAACAAAAUCUUGGUCUGCCUAUAGCUAAGCAGAUGAAAGACCAAAUGAAUGAAGCUUAUAAGAAUGAUGUGAGCGCCUCAUGUGAAAGCAUGGAAAGGCAUCUCAAAACACCGCCAUCAGAUCAACCUGUGUUUAAAUUUGAGGAAGAGCCAGUAAAGGAUAAAACGUCUGAAGAGGACGAACCGAAGAGUCCUGACUUAAAGAAGAAGACUUUACGCCAAAGCUCAGAUACACAAUCCUUUUUAGAUAUGCCCAGAUUUUCGCCAAAAGAAUUCGAAAUUACAGUUACUACAGAAGAAGGUUCGACAUCUUCAGCAGAAACUCAAACGAAACGAAAAGGAAAGAACUUAAGAAAUCUAACAAUAGACCUGACGAAACGGGAUAGUGAUUUAGAAAAAGAGCUAUUAGAAUUCGAAAAGUUAUACACAAAUGCUGAAGAAAAGAAGGUGAAAACACCUACUCUGAAAGUAAAAGCGACUUCUUUAGAUUCCUCUGAAUCUGUAAACUUGUCGUUACCACAGAAGAAAACUUUGGACGUCCCGCAGAAUUCUAUAUCAGUACCUAACACGCCGAAACGCCAGUUGAUAAGGAUUUUAGCUCAGAAGAAUAUAAAGCAUGAUUCAGGGUCGAAAAGCGCGGAGCAACGCCGGCUUUACAUGAAAGGUCAAGACAGUGGCAUCUUUUUGCGUGAACACCAUGCAAAUCUGAUGCUAUACCAGCCUGGCCCGUCGCGUAGAACUAUGGGCUCUUUUGACGAAAACAUGUCAGACUUUGCUGAAAACCCGCCAGAAAUCAACGUGUCUGGUCCGAGCUAUCACCAAGAAUCUGGCCAAACUUUAGGCUCAAAUCUUCUCAACUAUAAGCAGAAUCUAAGCGUGUCUAGCACUAAUUUAAAAACAUUGCCCGAAGGCGUCACUUCUGACGAUUUCGAACCAAGUGAGGAGGAUGAAAAAUUUGCCAAGAAACUUCAUAGAAGGAAUUCUAACCAGAGUUUAAUGCUCAGUACACAUAGUUUGCAGAGUUCAAAUUGUUCUUUAAAUAGCUCCGGAGCUUCAUGCCAUAACUUAACGACUGUUAGAACAAGCAUGUCGAACUUCAGCUUGACUUCAGAUAGCAGAAAGAAACUGUCUUUAGACCGAAGAGAUUCAAAUACUUCAAUAAAUGCAGAACAUCUCACACCAACUACUAGAGUCAUCUGCUCAUCAAAUACGAAUGUGUCUGGAGAAUCCAAAAACUGCUUAUUACAACGAAGGGGUUCCAACAACAGUUUAACUUUAAAUAUAUUGCCAAAUAACACUUUGAGCAGACAUUCUAGCAACAGUUCUUUAAAUAAAGACGCAAAACCUGGUCAAAAGAAGGGGCUUCUGGAACGGAGAAGCUCAAAUACUUCGCUAACUUUAAACAUAAACAACUCAAACCCACAGCUAUCUGUGAACCGGAGCCUUAGUAUAUCGAACUAUAAUCUCAAUGGCUCUACAUGCAAUUUAAGCCGGUAUAAUAGUAACCAAAGCAUUGAUAACCCUCCAGAGAAAAAGGGAAUUUUAGAAAGAAGAAGUUCAAAUACUUCUUUGACUUUAAACAUACAACCACAAGAACCAAGAGACAUAGAAAUUGAUGAGCGUCUUAUAGAUAGUAAUCUAAAAGAGCUCCCACAUAGAGAUAAACAUAGAAAAUCUCUAAGCACGGAAAACUUAAUACCAAUGUCUUAUAAAACUCGCAUGCGACGAACUGGAGAAAACAAAUGCGUUGGAUUCGGUUCUCAUGACAAUCUAUGGUCAAAUUCUUAUAGCACUGAUGAAUGUCCUCAAAAUUUAACAUAUGUCUGUGGAGACCAAGAAAAUGAGAUCAUAUACGCUUUCGGAAGACAGGAAGAUCCAAAUUUCCAGCAAGGAUUCGUUAGAAACAUCACAACUAAACCUUUAAGUCCACAAAGUACGUCUGAAGACUUUAGACUUUAUUUGGCAAAUAUGCAGCAUCUUCAAAACGCGUCGAGCGUAUUAACUAGACAACAAUUAAGAGACUUAAAUGACGUAUUUCAGAAUGGAUAUUCUAAAGUUAAAUGUCAUAGUGCGACGGAAGGGCAGCAUUGCUGUUCUAAUAAAGUUGAUGCUGAUUUGACAAAGGAAAACCCUCAGAUGAUGAUACCUGACGUAUCGCAUCCUUGUUCGGAAUACCAGAAAACUUUGCUAAGGAAUUUACAUCAGGAGUUUUGGGACAUGCCGACAAACUUUCAGGAGAAGCCGAUAGUUUCUGGGUCUCAUCCGAAGAAUAGAUAUAAGACUAUUUUGCCGAAUGAGCAUUCGAGGUUUAUACUGAAGUCUGAUGCGGCGAUGGCUGGCGAAGGAUACAUUAAUGCCAAUUUUAUUAAGGGGCAUGAAUACACAAAGAACUGCUACAUCGCCACUCAAGGCCCUCUCCAGAACACGGUUUACGAUUUCUGGAAGAUGGUGCAUCAGAACUGCUCCCAUACUACCUCCCAAGGCAUCCAGAAAGUUGUCAUGCUAACAAACUUCAUAGAGAACAAUCGACAGAAGUGCGAAAAAUACUUCCCGUUAGAAAUAAAUGAAGAAAUGGUCUUCAAAUGUCCAGAUUCAGAAGUGGGAUCGAGCUUCAAAAUCAAAAACACAGGUCUUAUCAAAAAGCCUGGUUAUACUAUUCGGAACUUAAAUGUGUGUUGUGAAAAUGAAUCAGUGACGGUGUACCAUUAUUGGUUCCAUAAUUGGGCGGACCAUAAGUGCCCUAAAGAUGUGAACGCGCUCUUAAAUUUAAGUUUAGACGUUUUAAAAGAAACUACGUACAGUUUUGAUGAUAGUGACAGUGAUUUGUGUCAGUGUGCGAGUCCGAAGAAGGAUUCCAAGUUUGUGUUUCCACCUUCGGAUGACUCUGUAGAUGUAAGUGUAAGUGUAUCAACUCCUAUAGACUUUAGUAAAGAAAAUAUGUCACCGGCGACCAUAGUUCACUGUUCUGCAGGUAUUGGUCGUACAGGGUGUCUUAUAGCUAUUCUUAACGGUAUAAAACAGCUAAGUAUAGAACAGAAGGUUGAUGUGCUGGGUAUAGUUUGCAAUAUGAGGUUGAAUCGAGGGGGUAUGGUGCAGAAUUCAGAACAAUAUGAACUCAUACAUAAAGUACUAUGCGUUUUUGAACAGACAUGCUUACCAAGCUUAUAGCUGGAGAUUUUAUAGUUAAAUGUAAGCAACGAUUUGAUGUUUCAUGAUUUGUCUAAAUUAGACUUUGGCAUAAUGAUAAGAGAUCAUAUUGAACUAAGAGUUGUUGUGAAAUGAAUUGCUGCUACCCACGAAUAUAUCUAAACGGACGAACCGCUCAAAAAGAUGUAUACAAGUCCUUUUUACCAUUGUCUACAAAAAGUAAAUGCCCCAUAAGGCAUGCUGUUUUUGAUUAGCCAAAUAGACAAAACGAUGUUCAAAACGCAAAGUAAUUUUAAAUUUUUAGUACUUUUUAUAAAAAAGUCACUUUUUUAAAUAGCUUAUAUUUUCACAGCAAACUAAAUCUUAUUACUGAUUCAUUAAGGUCGAAUUUAUAAAGUCUUUUUAUAAGUAUAACCUUUGGAGAGAGGCCUCUCUCAAGCAUACAUUUUGUUAUAAAAAUUAUUUGUUCCAGCUUAUUAGUCCAGUCAAUGAGGCUGUUGGAAUUUUAGCAAGUAAUAAUUUUCUCGUGCGAUUUGUGCAAGAUAGCAAGUACACUGCCAAAAAACACUUUACUUAAUGAAUUGGACUAAGUAUUUUUUAAAUAAAUAAAAUAUUCUUAAUUGUAUCGAUUGCUCGCUAUUAUUACCAAAAUGCCGUUUAAUGUUUCUUACAUAAAAUCUUUUAAUACUAUAAAUGAUGAUGUAAAAUAAAAUAUAACUUAAAUAUAAUGGUUUUUUGUGUUUUGAAAAUGAUAAGAGGUAAAAAAAGUGCUAAUAUUGUGGUUACAACCAAUCAUAAGCGGUUAGGGUGAAGUGCAAAAAAAGUAAUCAAGCGUAGUUUAGGAUCUUUGUGCUCCAUUGAGUUACUAAGAUUAGCCAUGUGAAUUGUAGUGUGUUUGUUAUACUUAAUGGGUAAAUAUAUGAGUUUAUAACUUACACCAACAUUUUCAUACAAAUUGCUUACCUGUCGUAACCCAAUAGAAUCAAUUAACUUAAGACUAAUUGCAGGUCCUUAACUAUGUAUAAUUUUUUUGCAUUUUUUUAGUACUUUUUAUUGUGGAUAUUAUAUCAAUUAUGAGCAUAAAGUAUAAUUAAUAUAAUUAUGUUUAGAAAUCGCAUGGAAAGGUAUAACUACAGGAGAUUUUUUCUUAAUCCCCACACCUUCAUUGGCUGGAGUAAUUUAAGGAUCUCACGGGAAAAUAGUGCUUAUUUAUAUCAGAAAAGACUCAUUUUCCUUAAACUUAAAUUAUCAGUUAAUGCUUAAACAGUCGUUCGAAUACAAUGAAGGCUAAUAGCUGAUUUUCCAUUGUCGAUGUAAUUGCAUAAGUGUGGCAAAUACAAUGGUAUGCUUUAAAAAAACGCUGGUAGUGUUGGUGGAAACGGAAUGUUUUGAGUCUAAAUUUCUUAAAUCUAGUAUUAAGUACAGAGAAAACGGGAUAGUCUUAUGUAUCUUUCAGCAGGAGUAGCAGAGGGAGCGUUAUUAUUGUUUGUCCUUGUCGCAGUCUCACAUUUUUAGGGUUCCGUAGCCAAAUGGCAAAAAACGGAACCCUUAUAGAUUCGUCAUGUCCGUCUGUCUGUCCGAUUAUUUUAAUUCGCCACCGUAAAUUUAGUGUGGUUUAUGGUGGGUAGCAAAUAACCCAACCAAAUUACGUAGAUUGAUUUUGGUAUGUUGUCAGGAAUGUUUUUAUUUUAUUUCAAAAAUACUUAUGACUAUAUACAUACAAAAGCAUCGUCAAACUGAAGACAAGUUUGUUGGCGAAUAGUGCGUGUUAUUAUUAUUAAUUUUAUCGCAUUGCAUAUGUCCUGUCCCUCACGACCGCACGCGGUAUAGCACAUCUAUAGUAUCCUACCAUCAAUGCUACACCACACGUUCACAGACUUCUGCUUGUUAAAAAUUAAUUUGGUACAGAUACUGUUUAACAUAGAGAAGAGAUCAAUGACUUCGUAGUAAUUUGACCUUUAAUAAAUUUUUGACCAGACCAGUACGAAAUUGCCGUCUAAUUAAUACACUAACUACAAUAUUAGCGAGGUCGCACUCGGCGACUUUUUGCAGUGAUUCAGCCCCGCGUUUCGUGAAUGCGCGACUGAUCCGCGGCAUGUGGCCUCUUGUCGCAUUUACAACGCGCCGCGCAACAGUAGCGAUGCAAAACGCGCGAUUUUCGCGAAUUCGCGAAAAUUGCACUGUUUUAAUUCAGCAUCGCUUCUGCAUCGAUAGAAGCACUGGUGGCCUAGCGGUAAGAGCGUGCGACUUAAUCCGGAGGUCGUUCAAACCCCGGUUCGUACCAAUUAGUGUUUCAGAACUUAUGUACGAAAUAUCAUUUGAUAUUUGCCAGUCGCUUUUCGGUGAAGGAAAUCUCGUGAGGAAACCGGACUAACCCAAUAAGGUCUAGAUUGGGUUGGAAGGUCAGAUGGCAGUUGCUUUCGUGAAAACUAGUGCUUUCGCAUAUUCUUGGGAUUAGUUUCCAAGCCGACCCAGGCUCAAAUGCGCGGUGGUAAAAAGCUGGGAUAGCGCGAGGAACAUCUGCAAACGCGCGAUAUUGAUUCAGCAUUGCUACUAAGGGCCGAUACAAACGGACUGCAAUCCGACUGGAAUUUGGCGUGGGAUCAGCAUCGUCUGUAGCGGCCCGAAUACGCGGGUGACAUCGGGUACAGUAAAAGUGGUGGUAUCGCUGCUAAGCACUCUCAGACAGACAGACUGUAACGCGACUGUAGCGAUGCUGCCGGCCUAACCAAGGUGACAAUCACUAUAGCUACGCCAGCGAAACGCUAUGUCUCUAUCACUCUUCCAAAUUAGUGAGACAGUGACAGUUUGCGUUUCGAUUGCUACGGAGCGUAGGGGCUUGGCACGUUGGCGGCCUGUACCGUGAUAGCGAUGCAGAAUGUAUACGCGUGCGAGGGUAUGAACUGUAUCGCGGCGAUUUUCGACUGCAUUGCUACUGAAUCGCUGCAAAUAGUCGCCGUGUUCGAUCUUCCUUAGAUCUCAAGUUAAAAUAUACCUCAUAUUAGGGUUCCGUACCUUAAAAGGAAAAAACUGAACCCUUGUAGGAUCACUCGUGCGUCUGGCUGUCCGUCUGUCACAGCCUAUUUGCUCCGAAACUGCUGGACCGAUUGACAUUUGGUACACACAAGUGUGUACCAAAUGUCACCCGAAGACGGACAAUAAACGUAAAUAAUUCAGCCUAUAUACGUCCCACUGCUGGGCAUAGGCCUCCUCUCAUGUGCGAGGGGGCUCGGGCUAUAGUCCCCACGCUAGCCCAAUGCGGAUUGGGGACUUCACAUACACCUUUGAAUUUCUUCUCAGAUGUAUGCAGGUUUCCUCACGAUGUUUUCCUUCACCGAAAAGCUAGUGGUAAAUAUCAAAUGAUAUUUCGUACAUAAGUUCCGAAAAACUCAUUGAUACGAGCCAGGAUUUGAACCCGCGACCUCCGGAUUGAAAGUCGGACGUCAUAUCCACUCGGCCACCACCGCUUAACACAAUUAACCUAAAUAAAUGAUUUUUAAACAUAAGGGCAACUUUUGGGGGGGUAAAUAACCAGUCAUGUCUUAACCUGUCUUAUGUACAAUAAACUGUGUACAUAUAUACAUAAAUGAGGAGAAAAAGUUUUGUAAUAUAUAUCAUGUUAUUAUAUAUCAAAUGAAAAGGGGUCAUCUUUAUCUGAAACGACUGGGUCUAAAAUUACAUUACAGGUAAACCCAUAAGCAGUCUGCAGUCAAGCAAAAAAAAACGUAACGUCAUGUGCGAAGUACGGAACCCUCGGAGCGCGAGCUCGUCUCUAUCUUGGCCGGUUUUUGUGAUCAACCUCCAUUGACGCAAUCGGUAGUAAACAUGACAUCCUCGCGUUGGCCGUAGUCGGGUAAACAAGCGCUUACUGUUUGCUUGACUUUAUGAGUUUAUGACGACGUAUUUGCUGGACAAUUUAUUUAAGUGUCACAGUGAAAAAAUGCAGUAAAAUGAUCAAUUUUUACAAGUUAUACUUCGUAAAAAUUAAAUAUUUUGGGGACAAACUUACAUAGAUCGAUAUAACCUCAAAUUAGGCAAAGCUUGUUUCAUGUGGCCACUAGCUAGGCGAUAAUAUACAUGCCGCGGCUGAUUAUAAAAUCAGGCAGAUCGUAAAGUUACUGUGUAAUGUUUGACCAUAGUUUUUUUUAUAGUCCCCGUAGUCUAUGGACACCCGCAACACCAGACAUAUUAUAUGCGCGUUGCCGACCCUUUAAAAAUCUGUACACUCCUUUUUUGAGGAACCUUGUACUGUAGACCCUCUGCUCAUUCCACAGCCGGAGCGCCCGCGGGAGGAAGACCAUAGUCAAAUUGUGUAUUAUAUAUGUCGUUGUCUGAGUAGGUACGCACAACACAAGCCUUCUUUUGUUUACUGUGGGAUUUGGUCAAUUUGUGCAAGAAUGUCCCUAUAAUAUUUAUUUUUUGACAUGCGCAAUUCUGUGUUUGUUUAGGUGUUGUUUAGUCACUAGGUGACUACUAAAGAGCCCAGCUUAAAGAGGUUAAAAUACUGUUGUAAAAUAUUCAAUACGUCCACUCCACGGAGCUCAAGCGAACUGUUUAUUUACCUCCACCUUAGCGUUACGCGAAUUCCAAGGACCUAUUAUUAACACUAACUGUAUGUAUACCUACAUACGUGUAAACACUUGUCAUUACUUACUGGAAGAAUAUGCUCGAGAUUGACUGUUAGAGGCUUUUUUUAAUACUACGUCGGUGGCCCAUAAGCAAUUAUGGAGGCCCAUAAGCAACAUCUUCCGUAAGAAUGUUCCAUCUUAACGGCAACAGUCUCAAGUUAUUUUUUUAUACUACGUCGGUGGCAAACAAGCAUACAGCCCGCCUGAUGGUAAGCAGUCUCCGUAGCCUAUGUACGCCUGCAACUCCAGAGGAGUCACAUGCGCGUUGCCGACCCUAACACUCCGCAGACUUUAUUCGGAGGCUCGAGUCCAUUUGAGUUGCUCUUAAAAAAGACUGAAUAAAGAAAGCCUCGGGAUUUAAAAGACUAGGAAGUUUUUUAACCGCCGAGUGUCGUAAAAACGAGUCAAGUUCUUCAAAUUCAGACUCAAAAGAUCAGUUCCUACCAACACAAUAGUGGGGAUCCGUUUAAGGGCAUAUUCAGUAUCAUGAUCGGAUUAGGAAAAGUUGAAAAAAAAAAUUGAUGCGAAAAAUUUUUGGACUUUGGAGGGUUGGCCGACUAGAACGACCUGCACCAUAAAAAAAAGUCGCGUCGAAAAAUAUUCUCCUUUUUUCGGAUCCCCACUAUUUUUGAUAUCUACAACUUGUACAUAAAUAUGACUUUCCGAAAUUUUUCGAUGUGGAAAUUUCCGACGGGACACCCCAAAAACACCCCAAAAACUUAGAUAAAACAAUCCGUUUUUUCUUUCGAAGAGCACGUUGUACUUAAGACGGCGCGUAAAUGCAGUAAAUUUGAAAGGAACCAAAAAUAUAGCGCCAUACGUAAAUUACGACGGAAGAUCUGACGAUCGCGCGGGUUUUAACUUUAUACUUCAAUAACUCUGAAAGUAUACUUCUCAUUAAAAUUUCGCUAGUCAAAUCCCUCGGCUAUAGCACUAGCUAUUUUACACUAAAAUUAUAUUGUUAUACUAUGCAGGGUAGGUAACGUAAUACAAUUGAAAAUAAAUUAAAAUUAAACAUGUUUUCGUGAUUUUUUUCUAUCGAGCCAAUUUUAAUCUUUUAAGGUUUUUCUUGGAGUUUCUCACGGAGAUAUAGUCUUGUUUCCGAGUGAUUUUUUUCCUUGCAUUUGCUCUUCAUUAAAACGUGUAAAAAUUCAAAAUAAAAAGUAUAAUUUUGCGGGAGGCGCCAAGGACAACUAUAGGUGUUAUGGCGGACGCUGUCAAAGUAACCUUCACACUUUCGAGUCAGGUUUACAUUAGCUCCCUUGCGCCCGGGAGCUUGGCGUUUGAGUGUGGUGUGUUUAUGACAUUAAAGCGUUUAUAAGGGUUAAUAACUUAACAUUUAAAUGUAGUUAUGCAGUUAUAUAAUAUUCAUACAUGUCACUCAGAUCGACUAUUUUCUUGAGAAUAUAAUUAAAAACCUGAUACGGCUGUUUACUCAUUAACUUUGAUUGUUUUAUUAAUCUUUCUCUAUAUAAACAUUUUAUUUUAGUUGCAUUGCUUUUAAUGAGUUUAUUAUAUAAUACAUUAGUGUGACACUUAGCGUUUGAACUGUAAUUUUUUCUGAACUUAUAAGGCUGACACACCGUGGUUAAAUUUGAACAUCUUUUAUCUAGGAGAAUGUAUAAUACUUAUUUGUAUUACUCGGCGGCAAACUUGUUUAACGAAUCGUGCUAAUACUGAUACCGGAGUAAGCAAAAGAUUCCAAAAUUGAACCACGAGUGUAUUUAUCAUUCAAAAUCGUAACUUAAAAGUCAAUUCUACCAACCAACGGAAACAACUCGAAAUUUGCAUUUUAUUACUUUGCCCCACAUGUGGAUAAAAUGCAACUUUCUCAUCAGUUGAACAAUCAAGAGCCUUUACAAGCUAGUGUGGUGAAAAUGCUUUUUCUUCUUAGUUAGACUGCACGACUGGCUGGCGUUGGUUGCGCACAACAUGAUUUGACACCAAUGUAAUGACCCAGUUCAGUCAGAAUUGCAGAAUUAGUUAAAAUAGAUAUAAA